AAGCAUAGGAGGAAGUCCAAGAAGAUCGUCUCAUCCAGCACCACCACAAAGAAAUCGCGCGGCUGGGGGCCCUUCCAGUCCGUGCUCAAGGAGAGAUCCGUCGACUUCAACCUAACGCUCGACGUGCAGAACCUGCAGCAGCAAGUGCGGGACCUCACCACCCUCCGAGACGUGCUCAGUACCAGAACAAUGCCGCGGCGUUACUCGCCCGAAGGCUCGCUGUUCCACGUGGUGAAGGAGUAUUUUCACGUGUUUAGGACGGGCUGGGCCGUGCAGGAGGUCGGACGUAAGAGGCGGAUGGGAGAGCAGGACCAGAGGCAGUUCCUGCACAGCGUCAUGGACCCGGAGGUGGACGUGGACAACGGUCUGCGAGGCCUGGACGUCAUGGCCGAGCAGAUCCUCAUGUACUCGACUUUCAUCCGGUUCAUUCGAACAACGCUGCAAUCGUCCGAGAUCGUGACGGCUGAGGACUCGGUCAUCAUCAAAACGCAAGGGACGCUGAGGUUUCAGGUGUCGAGGAACACGAUCGAGAGGAUUUUCCCUCAUAUUAUUGGUGACGAAUGCCUGGUGGCGCAGUUGGUGGGGCAGGAGGUGGAGCCUUCCAUCAGCCUCACGUUCUUCUUCAACUCGGACGGCAAGUGCUGCCGAUACGAAAUGGAUCUCGACUAUGUGGACACUUUUGCGAGUAUAGUCAAGGACGCAGAGAAGCUGGAGAUGUUGCUUGGGAGAGCGCUGAUCGCCGAGAACUGCAUGUUUGGC